AUGACCAUCAGCACUGGUAACGGACACGCCGCACAGGCUCCCACAUCUGCGCUCGUCGAGCAGGCUACGCCCGAGCGCCCGAAAGAUGUCGGCAUCCUUGGCAUUGAGAUGUACUUCCCGCAGCGCUGUAUCUCUGAGGAGGCGCUCGAGGAGUUCGACGGUGUGUCGAAGGGCAAGUACACCAUCGGUCUCGGCCAGGAGUUCAUGGCAUGCUGCGACGACCGCGAGGACAUCAACUCCUUCGCUUUGACCGCCGUGCAGAACUUGCUUGAGAAGUACAACAUCGACCCGCGCUCGAUCGGUCGCCUCGACGUCGGCACCGAGACGAUCAUCGACAAGUCCAAGUCGGUCAAGACCGUGCUCAUGGACCUCUUCCAGUCUUCCGGCAACACCGACAUUGAAGGUAUCGACUCGAAGAACGCAUGCUACGGGUCGACUGCUGCGCUCUUCAACGCCAUCAACUGGAUCGAGUCUUCGUCCUGGGAUGGCCGCAACGCCAUCGUCUUCGCCGGUGACAUUGCCAUCUACGCAGAGGGAUCUGCGCGCCCGGCUGGUGGCGCUGGCGCUUGUGCCAUGCUUAUUGGCCCGAACGCGCCCUUGGUCUUCGAGCCGACGCACGGAAACUACAUGGCGAACGUGUACGACUUCUACAAGCCCAAGCUCGACUCGGAGUACCCUGAGGUUGACGGCCCGCUCUCUGUCACUUCGUACAUCACCGCCCUCGACAACUCGUACAAAACUUAUCGCGAGAAGAUUGGCAAGAAGGUGUACCCCAAGAACUCGCCGGCACCGGAAGGCGUCGACCCCAAGUCCUCCUUCUCGCUCGCCGACGUCGACUACAACGUCUUCCACAGCCCGUACGGUAAGCAGGUGCAGAAAGCACAUGCCCGCCUGCUCUGGAACGACUUCAUCUCUUCCCCCCAAAACCCCACCUUCGCCAACGUUGAGAAUGCUGCCGACGUUCUCGCACAGCCUUACCAGAAGUCCUUGACCGACAAGGCACUCGAGAAGGCCUUCAUCACCUUCGCCAAGCCUGAAUACGGCAAGAAGGUUGCGCCGACGAUGGCCACGGCGAAGCGUUGCGGCAACAUGUACACCGCAUCACUAUACGGCGGUCUCUCUUCGCUCAUCGCCGCCGUUGAGCCCAAAGAGCUCCUCGGCAAGCGCCUGAGCAUGUUCGCCUACGGCUCCGGCAUGGCCGCUUCCUUCUUCGUUAUCCGUGUCAAGGGCGACACGUCUGAGCUCCGUGAAAAGCUCGACUUGAAGAACCGCCUUGCGGCCAUCAAGGUCGUGCCAUGCCAGGAGUACGUUGACGCGCUCAAGAUCCGCGAGGAGAACCAUAAUGCUGUCAACUACACGCCCUCGGGUAACGUCGAGAACAUCUGGCCCGGCGGUUACUACCUCGAGCACAUUGACUCGAAGUACCGCAGGAAGUACAUCCGCAAGCCGGUAUCCGCGUAG